AUGGUUUUAUACACUUCCCCAUUUCCCAACAGCUUUCUGUCAGUUCUGCAUUCUUUUUCCUGGGGCCUGAUUUUCCCAUGUUACUGGUUAGCAGAUAGGCUUGUGGCCUCUUUUGUUCCAACCACCUAUGAAAAACGUCAAAGAGCAGAUGAUCCAUGCUAUUUCCACGCGCUCUGCAUCAUUAUCACCACUCCCAUCUACUUGGCACUAUUGGUAGCCUCUCUUCCUUUUGCUCUCGUUGGCUUUGUGUUAUGGUCCCCACUGCAGUCAGCCAGAAGGCCGUACAUCUACUCGAGGCUAGAAGACAAGCACCAUGCCAAUGGAGCCACGCUGCUCACUGAAUGGAAGGCUGCAGGGAAUGGGAAGAGCUUCUGCUUUGGCAGUGCCAAUGUUUGCCUGCUGCCAGAUUCUCUGGCAAGAUUUAAUAACGUUUUCAAUACACAGGCUAGAGCUAAAGAGAUUGGCCGGAGGAUCCGAAAUGGGGCAAGCAGACCACAGAUCAAAAUAUAUAUAGAUUCUCCUACCAACACAUCCAUCAGUGCCGCAAGUUUUAGCAGCUUGGUCUCCCCCCAGGGUGGAGAUAACACUAAUCGGACUGUUAAUGCUGGCAUCAAAAGGACAACAUCAAUGGAGUAUAAAGGAGACAACACUGGCUCAAACAACAGUGAGGAUUGUAGAGAAGAUAAAGGUGGAGCUGGAGAGCCAAAUGAGGGAGAAGAAAAUACUUGCAUUGUCCGCAUAAACGGAGAGGAUAACGGCCACGUGUCAGACACAGAAACAGAUACCGUCAAUGGCCAAGCUCAUGCCAGCAGCCCCGCAGAGCCCUCAGUGGAAGGUGAUGCAGAGCUCUCAAAAACACCAAACCACAAACAGAAGGAAGGAGACUCUGGGAGUUUAGACAGCUACUCUGCCUCACGAGAGUCCUUAGUUAAGGUUCGUGUUGGAGAUGGUACAGUGGACCAAAGCACUGUCAACAACAAGCUCCUCUACAAAGCUUCAAUCAUGAAGAAGACUUCAGUGCGGAAAAAGAAACACACAGAUGAGACCUUUGAUCAUGAGAUCUCUGCUUUUUUCCCUGCCAAUUUGGACUUCCUGUGUUUGCAGGAAGUGUUUGACAAAAGAGCUGCAGAGAAAUUGAAAGAGCAGCUUCAUCACUAUUUUGAAUACAUUGUCUAUGAUGUUGGGGUCUACAGUUGCCAUGGCUGCUGUAGCUUCAAGUUUGUGAACAGUGGUCUACUUUUUGCCAGCCGCUAUCCAGUUAUGGAUGCCGCCUAUCACUGUUACCCCAAUGGAAGAGGAAUGGACUCCUUGGCUUCCAAGGGAGCCUUGUUUCUCAAGGUGCAAGUGGGAAGUACACCUCAGGACCAAAGAAUUGUGGGAUACAUUUCCUGCACUCACUUGCAAGCUAUUGCAGGAGAUACUACUGUUCGAUGUGAGCAGCUGGAUAUGCUUCAAGAUUGGCUGUCUGAAUUUAGAAAAUCUACCUCCUCCUCCAGUACAGCCAAUCCAGAGGAGCUGGUGGCUUUUGAUGUAGUAUGUGGAGAUCUCAACUUCGAUAACUGCUCCUCUGAGGACAAGCUGGAGCAACAGCACUCUCUGUUUACACGCUACAAAGACCCAUGUCGAAUUGGUCCUGGGGAGGAUAAACCAUGGGCAAUUGGUACCUUGUUGGAUCCUGAAGGAUUGUAUGAUGAAGAGGUGUGCUCUCCAGAUAACCUACAGAAGGUGCUGGAAAGUGAAGAAGGAAGGAAAGCGUAUUUAGUCUAUCCCACCAGCAAGAACCACAGUUCCAGUCAGAAGGGGAGGAAGGCAUCACUGAAAGGAAAUGGGAGGAGGAUUGACUAUAUGCUCUACACAGAAGAAGGUCUCUAUCUGGAAUGGAAAGUGGAAGUGGAGGAGUUCAGCUUUAUUACCCAGUUAGCAGGCUUGACAGACCACCUACCAGUAGCAAUGCGCCUCGUGGUGUCUACAGGAGAAGAUGACCCUUAA